UCAACUCCUUUUCCCCGCCCAAUGACGUAGGGCGAGACUGUCGCUUCUGUUUUGGGGGAAUCUAAUGACAAUCGUUUUUGUUGUGAUUCGGUAAUCGAUUAGUCGAGAUCAAAAUGGCAACUAGUAAACGUGUUAUGAGGAAUAAAAUGAAGUAUAUGGUAUCCCGACCCCAACCAGAUGACGAAUGGGAAGAAGAGGAACAGUUUGUACUGGUUGAACUGUCAGGAGUUAUUGAUCCAGAUUUUCUUACGAGAUCCGAUAACAAGUGCAAGAUACUGGGCAUUGACACGGAUCAGCCUGUCAUACAGGUGGAUAGGCAUGUAUUUGCUGGUCAGUAUGAAGAUGCACUUGGGACAUGUGUUAUAUUUGAAGAGCAAUUCAACCAAGAUUCUGAAGCUGAAGAGAAAAUUCAAUUGAAGUAUAAAUGCCACACUGCGAAGAAACUGAAGAUGACACGAACAUUUUUGUCAGAGAAGAAGGAGGGAGAAGAACCUUCAACUGGUGUGGAGAUGAUGCAGAUGAGGGAAACUGUGGCUUUCCGUCGUCCCAACCAGAUCUGCAGCUACAGCUUGCCUAUCGAGAAUGCAGAACAGGAUACAGGCCAAGAGAUUCAGGAGGGUGCACCCAUAGACAUACCAAGCCACAGUUCAGACUCUGAAGUGGAGGACAGUGAAGAUGACUAUGAUGAGGAUAAUGAGGCUGCUGAUGUGAAUCAUGAAGUAGAGAAAUCAACUUUGGAACUGCAGGAGUCUGACCCAGAGAAUCCAGAUGAGAUCUCAGAGUUUGAAACUUCUGCUAAUGCUGGGGCAGACAAAUCCAGAGAUCCUGAUUAAUGAAGGACCCUAUUAGUUUUUUUACUUUACAAGUUAAUGACUCUAACCUAUAUGUGGAGUUUGAAAGUAUGUUUUCCUGACCAUUUUGUUUAUAAACUGCAAAAAAUUACCUGUACAGUAUCUCACCAGUUUGUGAGAACAUGGCCAUGAACUGAAAGAGCGCAAUGCAUUUAAUCCAGCAAAUAUCUGUCAGCAGGUGUUUAUUAAAGUUUUAAUAAAUGGAGACAUUUUGGAGUAUAGUGAUGAGCACAGAGUUUCUGCAGAUGCCUGAAAUCUGUUAACAGCCAAGACCUAGAUGAUCGACUGUUAUCUUUUAUAUGGGCUGUCAGUGCAAUUAAGUAUGUUUUCAUUUUCCUCCUUCAGACAUUUCUCCCCAAACAGAAAUAAUUAUUUUAGUGAAGUGAAGCAGGUGUUUCUAGCUGUACAACUAGGUAGAUUCAGCAGUGAUCAAUUCCUACUGUUGGGCAAUAGAAACUUUGCUUCCUUGCCUUAUACUAGCAUGGUUACUUGUUUGGCUGUUAAAAUUUUUUCUUGCAAUGUAAAAAAAAAGGUUUUCUUUCAAAAUAUACAGUAACCAGUUACCUUUUAUUGUUUUAUGAAUGAUUUCUUUAGGUAUAGAAAGCAUUGCACUUAAAUUGCCAAAGGUUAAAAAAAUGAUUCUGAGAUGUUGCAUUAUCAGAGUGCAGCUUCUGCUUGACUGCUGUGGGCAAACUACAGUAAACUGGUCUUGCAGCCUUGGGGUAAAGGUAAAAGUGACUGCCACUAUGACUUAAGGCAGUAUGUGCUUUUUGUCCUUUUUAAACAAAUCAGACGUUUUUAUUUUCAGGCAAUCUUUUUUACAUUUACUAGCUAGUGCUCUUGAAACAGAUUUAAAAUUUUUUUCUAAGGCAAGGACUUCCUAAAAUGGCAUUUUAGAAUCUUCCUCAAAUGACAUUUUUGAGUAUUGAUCAUUAAUAACCUUUUGGUGCACUUUAGUGUAAGUGAGACACUCCUGUAGUUGAGAAAGAUCAUCAACAUUUUACAUUUUCCUUGAGUUAUUCUGUGCUACAUUUAUUUGCGUUUGUGAAUCAUUAAAGUGUCCUUUUAUUGUG